AAUUCCCCAUUUACAGCUUUGACUUAUCUCCGGCAAUAAACAACCACCUCUGUUAUAAAUAGCCACUGCCGAGGAGGAUCGGCCACACGAAGCAGCAGAAGCAGCAGACGCUGAAAGGACUGUCUCCAGGUUGGAACGCAUUGCAAGAUGAGAGCCAUCACAGUGACCCUGGCCCUGGUGUUCCUCACAGGAACCCAGGCCCGCCACUUCUGGCAGCAAGAUGAGCCCCAACAAACCCCCCUGGAGCGCGUGCACGACGCUCUCACCGUUUACAUAGAAACCAUCAGGGCUGGUGUCCGCGAAGCCAUCACUCAGGUGGAUAACUCUGCCUGGGGCAAGGAAAUGGACCUAAGCCUGGUUCCGAAAUUGGACAAGGUGCACCAGUUUUUAGCUGAGUUGCACAAAGAAAUAGCUCCCGAGAUGGAAGAACUAAAGCAAGAGCUGAAAGCAGACUGGGAGAAGGGGAUCGAGGAGCUGAAGAAGCACUUGGAAAGCGUGAAUGCCAAUAUCCAACCCUACUUUGAUGAAUUCAGCAAGAAGCUCCACGAGGAACUAGAGGCUAUCCGGGCCAAGGCAGAGCCCAUCGGGCAGGAGGUGCGGGAGAUUGCCCGCCAGAACCUGGAGACAAUUCAGGAGAAGGUGAGGCCAGUGGCCGAGGAAGCGCGGGACAAGCUGCGGGACCACGUGGACGAGCUUCGUGCGAAAGUGGCCCCCCAUGCCGAAGAGAUGCGCCAGAGGCUGAGCCAGAAGCUGCAGGAGAUCCGGGAGCAGGGCGCCCCCAAGUUGAGAGAGUUUCAGGCCGACGCCCAGAAGCACUUCACUGCCCUCCGGGAGAAAAUCGGACCCAUGGUGGAGAAAGUGCGUGAGCAACUGCCCGCUAGCGUGGAAGGCUUCAAGACCUAUGUGGAGGGCCUCAUCGCCACUGUGCAAAAGGCCGUGGAGGACGAGGUGAAGAAGGGGCAGGAACAGCAAGCUGCCUAGAGAGAAGCAUGGCAGCCCCCCCCCUCCUUCCAGGAUCCUGCCUGGACCUUUGGGCCUCCCUCUUCCCUCUAAUCAGGGUUCCCCUGAAUAAGCACUGCCUCCCCAGUUUGGUAUUUAUCGCUGACCUUUCCCACCCCACAUUUUGGCACCACAACCCUGGGUGGGUUAUGGGGGGUGGGCAGGGAAAGGAGGGGUUGCAACUCCUCCCCACGCCCUUUAAACUCCAGCUGGAAGACCUCAGGCUGGAGUGGAAGAAAACCUAGCUUCUCUCCCCCUCUUCUCCCUGCCUCCAUCCCCACCUGCUCAGUCCAGUGCCUGUCUUCUCUUUU